UCCCCCAAUGGCUGGGAUCACCAACAGCGGGCUCAAGUUGCAAACGCCAGUUGUGUUCCGUCCUUUGUGUUGAGUUAGUACCGUCCGGAAGGGGUGGUGUCAAGUUUAGCAGCCUGUGUGUGUGCCUGGAGGGGCUAUGAAAAUGUGUUCCGAGUCGGAAUCACUGGAACAGAAGCUGCGGCUGGUACACAGCACCAUCAAAUCUUACCCCGACUUCCCCACCGAGGGCAUCCUUUUUCGAGACGUCUUCCCUCUUUUGCACAAUCCCAAAGCCUUCAGUGCAGUUAUUGACCUGUUUGAAGAUCACUUGAAAAAGACGUUUCCUGUGAUUGAUUUAUUUGUUGGGUUAGAUGCCCGUGGAUUCCUAUUUGCCCCAAUUCUGGCACAAAAGUUUGGAAUUGGUUUUGUGCCAGUUCGAAAGAAAGGAAAGCUGCCGGGGCCAACCUUGUCUGUGAGCUACAGUUUAGAAUACGGAGAGGCUGAAGUCGAGUUGCAACAUGAUGUUAUUCAAGCAAAUCAGAAAGUUGUCAUUGUCGAUGAUUUGCUUGCAACAGGAGGUACUCUGUCAGCCGCCUGUGACUUGCUGAACAAAACGGGAGCUAAUAUUCUUGAAUGUUUGGUAGUGAUUGAAAUUAAGGCUCUGAAUGGUGCAAAGAAAUUGAAUUGUGUGCCUCUGCACUCACUUGUGCAGUUCUAGGUUGUUGUUCCUUUUUCUGAAUUGGGAUUACUCUGCAGUAUUUCAUUCUGUAAUAGUCAGAUGGAUUUACAGUUUUGAGGGCUGAUUCCAUUAAUUCCAUUUUUAAUAUAUAGCAAUUUUGUCAUAUUGGAUAAAACAAAAAUUUUCAAAUUUUUACGUCAUUUGAUUUGCGCAGACUUAUGCCUAUUAACGCAUACCCUUCUACUUCCAACUUAUACCUCAGUUAGUGUGAUUUUAAAAGGAAAUUAAAAUAAGUUAAAGGGUGUUAAACUUUAAAUUGCCUAGUUUUAAAAUUUAUCCAGUUUAAAACCAUAUUUUAAAUGCACAUGAACCAUAAACACUGAACAGUUGGACUCUAGAAAAGAGAAGCCACUUGUAAUUUGUCAUUUCUACAAAGACAACUGGUGUUUUUACACAGUUCACUUCUUUCCAUUUCACUAUUAGUCAAAGGUUCGUUUGGUGGUGGCUGUCCUCUGGUAUCUGGCCCGACUGACAAGGAAUGUGACACAGUGGUAUGUCCCCACCUCUGGUCUAAAGGCCUGGGUUCGAAUCCCACCUGCACCAGAGAUUAUAAUAAUGUCUCUGAACAUGUUGGUUAGAAGGAAAUCGAGAGUUUAAAAAAAAAUGCCCAACUGACAAUUAAUUCAUGUGAGCCACAUCAUUGAGUUGGAGAUCUCAAAGGGUGAGAGUAAUUUUUGGGGUGUGUGGGCAAUUGUAACAUCUCAUUAUCUCUGCUAUGGCUGAGAACUUUUUGAGCUCAAAGACCAUCUUGGCCUAUGGGUGAACUACUCUCUGAGCUAACCAACCUGAGUUGAUGCAGAGUGAUGCCAACAGCAUGGGUUCAAUUCUUGCAUUAGCUGAGGUUACCAUGAAGGACUCUCCUUCUCAACGUCUUCCCUCACCCAAGGUGUGAUGACCCUCUGGCUAAAUCGCCACCAGUUAUCUCACUCAGAGAGCAGCUCUGUCACCUGGUAUGGUGGCUUUAUCUUUACAAAUUGAAUCACUGGGGAAUCCCACAAGCUAUUUAAAUGACCACAGCACCUCUGUCUCAAACACAAGGUUUCGUAAGCUUGAUCGAGCUGCCUGUCUUGAUCUGCCAGACAUCAAAUUGCGAGGCUGGCAUGAGCUGACUGGUAUUUAUUCAGUAGAGUGCAGCUCUUCAUCUGUUUAAUUAUAUUGAAUUUUACUGCAGGUCUCAACUGGAGAAAGCUUGUUACAAUUUUCAUAAUGUAGAUGACUUCAAUUAUGUUCAGUUUUGACAAAAAUAACAUUCCAAAAUAAACAUAAAAUGUAUUAAGAA